AGCGCCAUCAAAGGCUCCGGCUGGUAGCGUCAGCUGUCAGUUGUCAGAACGCGAGCAGAGCGAACGGACAGGCGGAUCGGCAUUGGAUUGGAGACAGCGGAUCACGUGACAAAUCGGUGCAGCCAUGACUGGCACCCAGCUGGAGCAUCAGAGGGACUCGCAAGUACGACUCACACUUGACGAUGACGUCACUCCAAAGACGGAAGAGGAUCCGUGGGCUCUGCCGGAACUGGCGCAGACGGGCAAACCGUGGGCAGCGAUGACGGCGCAGGAGCGGUGGCGCCGUGUCGGGGUCAACACGUUCAAGUUUGUCAGCUUGCUGGGUCUGCUGUACCUCUUCAUCUGUUCGUUGGAUUUCCUGUCGCAGUCCUUCAGACUGGUCGGAGGACGAACUGCUAGUCAGGUGUUCUCGUCGAGCGAGCUUCUGGCCAAUCCAGUGGUCGGUCUCAUGAUGGGCUGCUUGGUGACGGUGCUGGUACAGAGCAGCAGCACAUCCACCUCCAUCAUCGUCUCCAUGGUCGCCUCGGGACUGCUGAAGGUGCGGACGUGCGUGCCGAUGAUUAUGGGAGCUAACAUCGGUACCAGCAUCACCAACACACUCGUCUCCUUGACCCAGGUGUCAGACCGUAACGAAUUUCGCCGUGCGUUCGGCGGCGCGACCAUCCACGAUAUGUUCAACUGGCUCAAUGUUCUGCUUCUGCUGCCUCUGGAGGUGCUCACGCAGGCCCUCAACCCCACUGGUGAAGGCUAUCUGGAGUACACCACGGACGCCAUUUUGAACUCGAUUGACGUCGGCGAGACCAAAGGGACCAAAAUGAAGCUGCUCAAGGUCAUCACAACACCGUUCACCUCGCUAAUUAUCAAGACCGAUAAGAAAGUUCUCAGCGAGUGGGCUCUCAACAACACGGAAUAUUUUAACGCCUCGCUGGUAAAACACUUCUGCAAGUACUCGACUGAGAUUAUCGACCUGGGGGACAAUGAGACGGAGACCGUGCGCAUUCCUCUCGAGAGAUGUCCCUCGCUGUUCAGUCAGACGGAUCUGGCCGACCUAUACGUCGGCCUGAUCCUGCUCGCCGUCUCUCUGCUGAUGCUCUGUGGAUGUUUGGUGCUGAUGGUGAAGAUCCUGCAUACUCUUCUGCAGGGUAGUAUCGCCAGUGUCAUUCGCACCACACUAAACGCCGACAUACCCUACUUCGGCUGGCUGACGGGCUACCUGGCCAUGCUGGUGGGGUGCGGUAUGACCAUCCUCGUGCAGUCUUCCUCGGUGUUUACCUCAGCUCUGACUCCUCUAGUUGGCUGUGGGGUGAUCUCGCUGGAGAGGAUGUACCCGCUAACUCUGGGAUCCAAUAUCGGUACCACCACUACUGCUCUACUGGCGGCUCUGGCGGCAUCCGGAGCCACCCUCAGACCAAGCAUCCAGAUCGCCCUCGUCCACCUGGUGUUUAAUUUGACUGGAAUCGUGGUGUUUUAUACCCUGCCCGGGCUUCGUUGGCCCGUGCCGCUGGCUAGAGCGCUUGGUAACGUUACAGCGUCGUAUAGAUGGUUUGCGGUUGCGUAUCUUCUGGGUAUGUUCAUGAUUCUGCCCGCGCUUGUGUUUGGGUUGUCUAUGGCCGGGCCGACUGCGCUGUACGCUGUUUGUGGCGUUGCCAUGACGACGGCAUCGUUUGUUGCCAUGGUGAAUGUUUUGCAGCGUCGUGCCCCGGCGUUUCUGCCUGUCCCACUGCGUAGCUGGGCGUUUCUUCCCAAACCAUUGCGUAGCCUGGAGCCCUAUGAUAGGAUGGUGACUGGGAUGACGUCACGCUGCUGCUGCGCCACGGCCGUUGCCAUGGAGACGGAGGCGGAGGCUGACAGCGUUGCCAGGGAGAAAAAGGCAGCGCAGGCAGAAUUUGCCGGUCGUGACAAUCCUGCCCUUCAAACUGAUCAUAGCCUGGCCUGAUUUGGAGUUUUGCAAAUAUGAGACUGAUUUUCUGUCCCAAAAUGUACAUGUACUUGGGUUGCCAAUUCACGUUUGAUGCAUUGCUAAAAUUCAGGGAAACUUGUGGUUACGUCAGCCUCACUGCCCCUUUUAAAUGACGAGUGCCCAUUUGCAAAUGCCGUUCAUACGAUAGAGACACCAGUUCGGCCAUUUAAAUGGUUUGAGUUAUUGUAUGUAAGGUAGCUAUUUAUAUUGUAUGAGUGAGAGAUUUUGUGGGUGUUUGGACCUAUUUAUUGUAUUAUUUAUGUAAUGACUAACAUUGUCUUAAAACAAAACAACUUGCAACAAUGUUUACCAGUGUGUUAAAAAUGUAUCGCAGUGCGGCAAGCGCUCCGUGGUUGUAUAUAUGGCACAAAAUGCGAUGUAAAGCGCACAUUGUCAUCGUAUCGUAUAUUGGGAUCACGAUCUAACGUGGCCUGCCCUUGAUCUGCAUAUUUCUCCCAAGAUGGAGAUUGGAGUUGCCAGAUCACUGUGGCGGCUGCCAGAUAACCCGGUGUGGUUACUGCGACAGUGUAAACCAGACUUACUUGUGUGUUGUGCACUGCGCAACGUGCUAAAUUCUGACCAAGCGUGCAAGAAACGGGAAAACAAUGCGUGCUAAAUACACGCUGAUGG